GCAGCAAUUUGGUGCAGCGGCAGGGCAGGAGGAACUCGAUCCAAUCAGAUACGGCGACGUUUUCGACGUCUCGGGGACCUCGCGUCCAAGCCAAUCGCCCCUGAAGACGCCAACAUGAUGCAGAGCGCCGAGACCAUGGUCUUCGGACAGACCCAGAAGGGCGGUCCGGCCGCCGCGAUGCAAUCCGCCGCGACGUUCAACGAGAGGGCCGGCCUCGUUGCUCACCGCCAGGCCACCGAUGCCGUGAGCAGCGAAGGCGUGAUGGUGUCGGAGACCGACAUCCCGGGCGCCCGGAUAAUCACCGAGAGCGUCGGCGGUCAGGUUUUGGGGCAAUUCGUCCAGCCAGCUCCCGUCCACGGCGGCGGUGGAGUUGUGGCGGCGCAGAAUGCGAUUACAAUUGGGGAAGCGCUGGAGGCGACCGGGAGGACUUCUGGAGAUAGGCCGGUGGAUCAGAGCGAUGCCGCCGCGAUUCAGGCGGCGGAGACGAGAGCGACAGGGAGCAGCGUUACGGUUCCCGGCGGGCUUGCUGCGACGGCGCAGUCGGCGGCGACGCACAAUGCUGCGACGGACAGGGACGAGGAGAAGAUCAAGCUCAAUGAUGUGCUCUGGGAUGCAGCAGGGAAGUUGCCGGCGGAUAAAGUGGUGACGAGAGAGGAUGCGGAAGGAGUGACGAGUGCGGAGAUGAGGAACAACCCGACGCUGUCGACGAAUCCGGCUGGAGUAGCUGCUUCCAUGGUUGCUGCUGCCAGCCUAAAUGAGGAUGUUGUUCCAUAG